AUGCGCCAGUUGCUUGAGCAACACUGGCCGGGCUUGGUCACCAAGUACCCGCACUACCUCGGUCCAGCGCUGAUCGCCGCGGCUAUAUCGGUGCAUGGCUCGGUAACCGCGACAACUGUCGUCCUAAGGCAGUCACUCGACUGCACCUGCACGAAGCUCUCCGGUGCGCUCCACCAGAACGCGGCAAAAGAAGCUGGCGUGGUGGAGAAACCGGGACAUCCUUCGUCAACACCGUUCGCCAAGGCUACGCAUCAAGCGGCCCAUCAGGCUACGCUCCCAGCGGUCAUCCAGGCUAAGCCAGCAUGGGACAAGGCGUCCAUUCCGGCUACAGCUUCGACUACGUCGCUUAUCGCGACGAUCAACGUGGCCGUAUACCGUUUCUUCAGUCGGCUUCCCGCUAUCGCAGUCACUCAGGCGACCAGUGCAACGAAUAGCGCGAAGACUGUGGGUCUUAUCGCGCCAACCAAGACGACUGGUGCUACCGCAGCCGCAGCUGCAGCGCGCCGCCGGCCGACCAAGGCUACGCCCAAUAGGCCUCCACCCCCCAGCGCAGCCAAAGCCGCAGCGCGUCGCGCGGCUCUACCACCGACGGCCACCAACUCCAUGUCAUCGGCCGUGGCACGCCACCAACGACGGCAACCUACGACGAAGACAACGCGGUUUUCACCGCUCAUCGCCGACCCCACAUCGACCGUCCUCGUGACGCAGUCGAGUGCACAGGGCACUAUGCAAUGGCACCAUCGAACUGGGCCAUCCAAGUCAUGGCAAGCUCCCGACUUUAACCAAUACACUUUUGUGUACAUCAUGCAAAAGCGCGCGGACCUGUACGACAAGUACAUCGCGUUCUGUCACGAAACACGGCAGCGUUAUCGCUCCGACGUCAUCGAGCUUUACUACCAUCAUUCACCACCCAUUGAGUUCGAGGAAAUCCAAGCGCUCCACAUGGACAACACUAAAGAGUACGUCAAACUCGGAGCCUAUAUUCAAAGCGAAUACGACACCCCCCUUACGUACACGAAUGCCUAUACCCGACCCAGAACCCUGUGGCCGAGUGGCGUAUGGGUAUCAUCGUCACCAUAG